AUGCUAUCAAGAGUCCUGGAUUCGCAACCCAGAGUAAUCAAGUUUCCCAGGAAACAUCAGAGAAGCUCCUAUGGUAACGGGCUAAGGCGACAGAAGAGAGACUGGGUCAUCCCGCCCAUUAACGUACCUGAGAACUCCCGAGGACCCUUUCCUCAUAUGCUUGUCAGAAUUCGCUCAGACCAGGACAAAGAUGUUGGCAUCCGCUACAGCGUCACUGGCGCAGGUGCUGAUCAGCCCCCCAGUGGCAUUUACAACAUUGAGCCCGUCAGUGGCAACAUGUUUGUCACCCAACCCCUGGACAGAGAGGAGCGAGCCUCCUUCCAUCUGCGAGCCCAUGCCGUGGACAUGAAUGGCAAUCAGGUGGAGAAUCCAAUUGAUUUGUACAUCUACGUGAUUGACAUGAAUGAUAAUAGACCUGAGUUUAAGAAUCAAGUCUACAAUGGCUCUGUGGCUGAAGGAUCCAAACCAGGCUCUUCUGUUAUGCAAGUGACAGCCAGUGACUCAGAUGAUGCCACCACGGCUAAUGGCAUGGUUCGCUACCGCAUUCUCUCGCAGUCACCCCACAGCCCCAUCCCCAACAUGUUCACCAUCAACAGCGAGACUGGAGACAUUGUCACAGUUGCAGCUGGCCUGGACAGAGAGAAAGUCUCCCAGUACACCAUAAUUGUGCAGGCAACUGACAUGGAGGGAAACUUAAACUUUGGCUUAUCCAACACGGCCACAGCCCUGAUCUCAAUUACCGACAUCAAUGACAAUCCCCCAGAACUAACAGUCAGGACGUUUUCUGGAGAAGUGCCAGAAAACAAGGUGAAUGUGGUAGUUGCCAACCUGACAGUAGUGGACCGAGAUCAGCCCCACAGCCCAAACUGGAACGCGGUCUACCGUAUUGUAAGCGGAGACCCCUCAGGACAUUUCACUAUCCGCACAAACCCCAUCACGAAUGAAGGCAUGCUGACGGUAAUAAAGCCAGUAGACUUUGAGAUGAACCGAGCCUUCAUGCUGACCGUAGUGGUGUCCAAUCAAGCCCACUUGGCCAGUGGCAUCCAGUCAUCACUUCAGUCCACAGCUGGAGUCACCAUCUCAGUUCAGGAUGUGAACGAGCCUCCCGUCUUUCCUGUUAACCCCAAAAUGAUUCGAUUUGAGGAGGGUGUUCCGGCAGGGACAACCCUUACGGUCUUUUCCGCUCAGGACCCAGACCACUUCGUGCAUCAGAUUGUCAGGUACUCAAAGCUAUCAGAUCCCGCUAACUGGCUGAAAAUCAACCGGACCAAUGGGCAAAUAACUACAAUGGCACUACUUGACCGAGAGUCCAUGUACGUCAAAAACAACAUAUAUGAGGCCACAUUUCUGGCUUUCGACAAUGGUUCGCCUCAAGCCAGUGGGACAGGAACCCUGCAAAUCUACCUGAUUGAUGUUAACGACAACCCACCAGUGCUGAUACCCCAGGAGUCCCAAGUGUGUCAACGGCCACGCCCCAACUCGAGGAUAAAUAUUACAGCUUCGGACGCUGACUCUGACCCAAAUGUGGGGCCAUUCGGUUUUGACCUACCUUCCUCUCCUCCCAGUUUGCGCCACAAUUGGACUAUUACCAGACUCAGCGGUGACCAUGCUCAGUUGAGGUUAAGAAUUCCUUACCUGGAGGCCGGCGUGUACGAGGUUCCUAUUACCGUGUCUGACUCUGGGAACCCUCAACUCUCCAACCGCUCUCUGAUCAGGAUUAAAGUGUGUCCCUGUGACGACAACGGGGACUGCAGCACCACAGGGGCAGUCGCGGCUACUGGCCUUGGCACGGGGGCCAUCAUCGCCAUACUUAUCUGUAUAAUUGUUCUACUCAGCAUGGUUCUCUUGUUUGUUGUGUGGAUGAAGCGCAGAGAGAAGGAGAAGCAGGCAAAGCCGCUGCUGAUCGACCCUGAAGACGAUGUCAGAGACAAUAUCCUCAAAUAUGAUGAGGAAGGGGGAGGAGAGGAAGAUCAGGACUAUGACCUGAGUCAGCUCCAGCAGCCAGAGUCUCUGGACCACAUCAUCAAUAAGCCGACGGGAGUACGCAGAGUGGACGAGAGGCCUGUCAUCCCUGAGUCGCAAUAUCCAGUCAGACCCAGUCUCCCCCACCCUGGAGAUAUUGGAGAUUUCAUUCAUGACGGUCUUCGGGCAGCAGACAACGACCCAACAGCUCCCCCCUACGACUCCCUGCUGGUGUUUGACUACGAAGGAAAUGGUUCAACUGCCGGAUCAGUCAGCUCGCUCAACUCUACCAGCUCGGGGGAUCAGGAUUACGACUACCUCAACGACUGGGGCCCACGUUUCAAGAAGCUGGCUGACCUCUAUGGAGGAGGGGAAGAUGACUGA